AUGGCUCCAGGCCUUCUGCAAGGUGCUCUAGUCCUCAAGGAAUCCCAUGCCAGGAACAGUAACAACGACACUGAUGCCCCAGCAGGCCCCAGCUCUGCUGCUGCUGCCUUGCCAACACCACCAAGAGUCCAGGACUGCUGCCAGGAAACCCCGCUCCAGGCACCACCACUGUCAAGAGUCCAGGCUCCAGGCACACUGCCACCUGGAGUUCUCGUUCCAGACUCUGGGCCUACCGUUGACAGGAGUUCAGGCUCUGGGCACUGUCACCACUACCAAGUGUCCUGGUCAUCACCACCAAUGUUGACAUCCACCCAAUGGAGAAACUGUGGAAAUGUAGACUGUGGGAAGGGAUUCAAUUACCCAUCCCAAUUGGAAAUUCAUCAACGCAGUCACACUGGAGAGAGGCUAUUUACAUGUUCUACAUGUGGGAAGGGAUUCAUAGUAUUAUCUAGUCUCCAGAAACACCUGCUUAUUCACUCUGAGGAGAAGCCGUUCAGCUGCAGUUCCUGUGGAAAAAGUUUCAGGCAGUCAGCCAACCUCACUGCGCACCAACGAGUUCACACUGGGGAGAGGCCAUUCACCUGUUCUGUUUGUGGGAAACAGUUUGCUCGGUCAUCGAACCUGCUGAGACACCAGCGUGUCCAUAGUGGAGAGAAAUCAUUUACCUGCAGUGAGUGUGGGAAGGCGUUCACCCCGUCCCACAAUCUGCUGAUACAUCAACGCAUUCACACUGGUGAGAGACCGUUCACCAGCUCUGAGUGUGGAAAAGGAUUCACUAAUCCUCCAUCCUUUUUCCCAACUGCUCAGACACCAGCGAGUUCACGCAGGAAAGAGACAAUUCACUUGUUCCACGUGUGGCAAGGGAUUUACUUGGUCAAUCAGUCUGCAGAUACACCAGUGGGUUCACGCUGGAGACAGACCAUUCACUUGCUCCAAGUGUGGAAAGGGAUUCACUGGUCAUCCCAACUGCUGACACACCAACAUGCUCACACUGGGGAGAGACCAUUCACCUGCACUGUAUGUGGGAGAGGAUUUUCCCUGUCCUCCGAUGUGCUAAAACACCAGCGAAUUCACACUGAGGAAAGGCCAUUCAGCUGCACUUCCUUUGGAAAGAGGUUCAGGUCUUCAGCCUACCUCAGUGUACACAAGGGAGUUCACACUGGGGCGAAACCAUUCACCUGCUCUGACUGUGGGAAGGGAUUUACUCAAUCAUCUAACCUGAUGACGCACCAGAAAAUUCACGCUGAGGAGAAGCCAUUCAGCUGCACCUCCUGUGGAAAGAGGUUCAGGUCUUCAUCCUACCUCAGCGUGCACAAGCAAGUUCACACUGGCGAGAGGCCAUUCACCUGCUCAGAGUGUGGGAAGGAAUUUACUCAGUUAUCUUACCUAUUGACGCACCAGCGGGUUCAUACUGGGGAAAGACCAUUCACUUGCUCUGAGUGUGAAAAGGGUUUUACUCAGUUAUCUCACCUACAGGCACACCAGCGAGUUCACACUGGAGAGAGGCCGUUCACCUGCUUCAAGUGUGGGAAGGGAUUUACCCAGUCAUCCCACCUGCUGAGACACCAGCGAGGUCACAAGUGACUGAAGGUAUUGGAUUCUGCUGUUAUUGUGUCUGUUAAACACAUCUGGACAUUCACUCUGACAACUAGUGUUUGUUUCGGCUGAUGUUAAACAGCCCUGUAACUAGGCUGGAGUUUAUAUUCCAAAUCUAUUGCUGAUUGCCUCCUCGGAUGCUGCAGUGUCUCCUUAAGAGCUGCUGUUUGUGAUCAUUCCCCCGACUUCAGAAACACUCAGCAGAAAUUAUUUCAUGACAAUAUUCUGAACUUCUACUUUAUCCUAAAUUGAUCUCACCAUGAACUUCACAAUGCAGUGUCUGAGAGGUUCUGCUGAAUAGAAUUAGAAUGUGCUAUGAAUUCUUGCUGACAAUUUCAACCAGUGGUCCCCUCCAUUAUCCACCAGAAAGAUGGAGACUGUGAAGUGGAGAAUUGAGAACCUCCAAUUCUCCCUUCUGCCUAAUAGAGAAACCUCCUCGGCAUGGGAACGGAGACAAGUUUAGUUCUGGUAAUAUUCUGUGAGAAAUCACUGUUUAAUAACUCCAUAAAAUUUUCAGAAAUGGAUUGAUAAUUACAUGCUCAUUCUCUUUCUUGUGAAGAAAGCUUCCAUUGCAGUUUGCUGUAUGAAUAAACGGAGGACAGACCUGCUCUGUCUGACCAGGAUGUGACUCCAGCACAGGUCCUGAAACAAGACAUUUCCAACCCUGAUAUAAUUGGAGCUUAGGUCUGUGUAAAGGCAUAAACAAAUUCUCAAGAGGAAAGCCUUUCAAACUGGCUUUAACUCAACACAUACAUUCUGGCUCGCAGGAGACACUGCCACCAGCUAAAGAGAGCAGCACUGUCUCUGCUUCGUCUGUCAGUUUGUCCUUCAGGACUGGUAAAACCAUUCUCACCUGUGACGGGUUGUGUUUAGCCUUUCACAUUAAAGUGUUGCUUCUUAAUAAAUCAUUUUUAAAUCAUU